AUGAUGUACUGUGGUGCUCAGAUGGUGAAUGGGAAGGACCUCUCCAAGGCCAGUCAUGACGAGGCAGUGGAGGCGAUCCGCUCCACUAAGGACCCCAUUGUGGUGCAGGUGCUCAGGAGGAACCCUGUUGGGCACGGGGGACAUGUUGGCUCCACUCAGGAAGUGCACGUGGUGGACGUUUGUACGCAGACAGACAUCACCUUCGAACACAUCAUGGCCCUGGCCAAGCUCCGAGCCACCACCCCUCCCGUGCCUGACAUCUGCCCUUUCCUGCUGUCCGACAGUUGUCACUCUCUCCACACUAUGGAACAGGAGUUCUAUGAGGGGACAGACUACCUCUCCACCCUCCCAGACCAACAGAGGACAGAGGAGUUUGAGUACGAGGAGGUGGAGCUGUGUCGACUCAACAGCCAGGAGAAGCUGGGCCUGACGUUGUGCUACAGGACAGAUGAGGAGGAGGACAUGACCAUCUACGUCAGCGAGGUUGGGCCAAACAGCAUCGCUGCAAGGGAUGGACGCAUCAGAGAAGGAGACCACAUUUUACAGAUCAAUGGUCAGGAUGUGCAGGACAGAAAGGAGGCUGUAGCGGUGCUCUCUAGUGAAGAUACUAGGAAAUACGUACUGCUGGUUGCCAGGCCCGAGAUACAGCUGGAGGAAGCGUGGUUGGAUGAUGAACACAGUGAAUUCCUGGAGCAACUGAAGAUGGAAAUGUUGGAAGAGCAACAGAGAGAAGAGAUGGAGCUGGAGGCACUUCAGAAGAAGACCAAAGGAGAAGAGGAUGACAUCACUGCCACCUGUUCCUCCAGAACUCAGGACAGUGGGCUGGGGAUGUCGUUAAGGAACAGCAUCGACGCCCCCGACCACAACGCCCUCCUAUCCCACAUCCAACGGAGACUCUCCCAGUGUCUGAGGGACAGACAGGACUGUCCCACGCGUCUGGACGAAGAAGAGGAGGAGGAGGAAGAGGAGGAUGUUGCAGAGGAUGGAGAUCGGUUCCAGCAGCUCCUGGAGCUGAAGUGUAAGAUCCGUAACAGCGGCGAGUAUGACCUGAUCUAUAGCAGACGCAGCACUAUAGAGUGUAGGCUGGGAGAGCCGGCCGGUGGCGUGCAGCGUGAGCUCCGCAUGCUCAAUGACGAGCUCCGUAGCAUCGAGCUAGAGUGCCAGAACAUCAUGCAGGCACACAAGCUCGGCAAGGGGCCGGUGGGGUCCCAGGGGAAACAGGGGCAGCAAGUGUUUCCCCAAAUUGUCUGCCCCACACCUAAGGACCAAAGCCCCCACCUGGGGUGCAAUGACUCACCUAGAAGAAGCAAGCUGGUGGACAUCAACGAGUGUCCGGAGAAGCCGGAGAAGUCAGACAAGGACAGCUCGAGUGCCUACAACACUGCAGAGAGCUCUCGCAGCACGCCGCUGGCAAUGGACCGCUCCCCUGAGCACUCCCUUCAGAGGAGGAUGGUGACCAUCACCAACCAGAGGAACCUCCGCAGCAGCAUGGCCAGCCUCCACACUACAGCCAGCCCCAGCCCCAAACACCGGCCUCUCCACUGGGCCCCCAUCCCAGGCAAGGCCAGCAGCCCAGACCACAGCCUUUACCCCUCCGAGUCGGACAAGGUGGCCCCUGCAGACAACGAAAGGAGUGGGUUGGGGAACUGGAAGGUGAAGCCUCAGCCUCCUCCCAGGGCCUCCCAGAUCCCUUACCUAUCCCCGUCCCAUGACUCCCAGCACCGCCAGCCCAACGGCAACAUCCCGGCCCACGCUCGCCACUACCAGAGCUACAUGCAGCUGAUUCAGCAGCGCUCGGCUGCAGAGUACGCUCAGAGCCAGCUGAGCCUGCUCAGUGGGGUCAAGGAGCCCCAGCUGAGCCCCGCCAUCGAGCCUAAGAUGGAAUGGAAGGUGAAGAUCCGUUCGGACGGCACGCGCUACAUCACCAAGAGACCAAUCAGGGACAAGAUCCUGCGGGAACGCGCCCUGAAGAUCAAAGAGGAGCGUAGCGGAGGGAUGACCACGGAUGACGACGCUAUGUCCGAGAUGAAGAUGGGGCGGUACUGGAGUAAAGAGGAGAGGAAGCAGCAUCUGGUCAGGGCUAAAGAACAGCGGAGGAGACGAGAGUUCAUGCAGCGCAGCCGACUGGAGAGCCUGAGGGAGAGUCCUCAGAGCAGCAGCGAAGGACGCAAGGAGGUCAGCAUCAUCGAACUGAGCCACAGGAAGAUGAUGAAGAAGCGCAACAAGAAGAUCCUGGACAACUGGAUGACCAUUCAGGAACUGAUGACUCACGGGGCCAAGGCCCCUGAUGACCCCAGGGCCAAAGUACAUAAGGCCUUCCUGUCGGUCACCACUGUAUAAUAUUCAACUAACAUAUAACAUUCUAUAGCAGUGUUUCUCAACCGUAUUCAUACCAGGAACCAGCAAGCUAUGGCCCGGUGAGCAACAUCCCAGGGACCGGUCGGUGCUGGUCUCCGGACUGGAAUUUGAGAAACACUGAUCUACAGUACCCCAUGUGGUAUUAUAUACUUGCCUCGUUCAAUGUGGCGUUUUUAUGAGGGCGAUAGGAAUAUUUUUCACAACUUUGCUACCCGAAAAAUAGCAUUUUCUAAAGAAUUUUAACAAUGGUUUCCAUGGCAUUAAAAAAAAUCUGUUUAUCAUUAUUUCACUCUGUUCCAGAAACACUUUUGUAUGAGAUUACUGAGCAAUUAUUUUUCUUAGUUCAUCCUGUAAAUGUAAUUACCUGCAUAGUGUUCAAUUAUUUUCAUAUUUCUGUUCUGUUAUGCAGUGAUUCCAACCCACACAGGUCAGAAUAUUUGUAUGUAUUUGAAUGUACAAUAUUUGAAUGUACAGUACAGAAAUCCUACUCCUUGCAGGUCUAGAUUUGAUAAACCAGCCAUUUGAUUUGUCCUUUAAAGGGACACUUCUGUAUUUUGGUAUGAAGGAAGUUAGAGGUAGGUUUCCGAGCCAAUGCUAACUAGCGUUAGCGCAAUGACUGGAAGUCUAUGGGUAUCAGCUAGCAUGCUAGCAGAUUGGGCUCCUGAGUGGCGCAGCGGUCUAAGGCACUGCAUCUCAGUGCUAGAGGCAUCACUACAUACCCUGGUUCGAUUCCAGGCUGUACGACACCUGGCCAUGAUAGGGAGUCCCAUAGGGCGGAGAACAAUUGGCCCAGAGUCAUCCGGUUUAGGGUUUGGCCGGGGUAGGCCAUCAUUGUAAAUAAGAAUUUGUUCUUAACUGACUUGCCUGGUUAAAUAAAAAAAUGAAAAGUAAAAGAUUCCCAUAGACUUAGUCAUUGCGCUAUUUACAACUUCCUUCAAACUGCACGCAGAGACAUAAAAAUUGUAUUCACAAGUUCAUCUGACUCUGGGGAAGUAGAUAAAGUGCCUCUGCCAAAUUCCGAAGUAUCCCAUUAAAGGUCAUGAACAG